AUGGAGACACGAGAAGGACAACGAAUUAUAAUUGUGACACAGUGUCGAAUGUUUGUAUUUGGACCUCUUAGUUCCAGCACAAUGCUAUCUUUAAUUUAUUUCCGAAGCUGGACGGUGGAUUCAAUUGUCAAAAGUCCGUAUUUUUGAGCGGGACGCACGCACCAUGCACAUAGCGGACAUAGCUGUCUUUCUGUUUGUAGUAGUGAUCAUCGUUGUCUCGUUGCUGUCCAACGUAGUGGUGGUAAUCUGCUUUCUGUACAACCCGGAGAUUCGAAAGCAGGUUCCCGGGUUGUUUAUCCUCAACCUUACCUUCUGCAACCUCUUUCUUACCGUUUCUACCAUGCCUCUAACUCUGGUCGGACUUAUCAACAAAGGAAACCCUGGAAGCAGCGGGUUCUGUCAAACUGUGGGUUUCCUGGACACUUUCCUCACCACGAACUCAAUGCUCAGUAUGGGGGCUUUGAGCAUCGAUAGAUGGGUGGCGGUGGUUUUUCCGCUAAGCUACCACUCCAGAAUACGACACCGGGACGCAGUGAUAGCUCUGGCAUACACGUGGUUCCACUCGCUCUCCUUCUCCACGGUGGCCACUUGCCUCUCCUGGGUUGGGUACCAUCACCUUUACGCAUCUUGUACGCUCUGCAAUGCGAGAGCAAGUGACACUAAGACGCAGUUCAUCAUCUACACUGUGGUUUUACACUCGCUCACUUUUCUCAUGACCUUGAUUGUGUUGUGUGUAACGUACCUGAAAGUGCUGAAAGUUGCGCGUUUUCACUGUAAACGCAUCGACGUGAUCACUAUGCAGACCUUAUUGCUGCUUGUGGAUAUUCACCCGAGUGUGCGCCAGCGAUGCCUGGAUGAGCAGAGACAGCGGAGGCAGAGAGCCACCAAGAAGAUCAGCACAUUCAUUGGAACGUUUGUGGUGUGCUUUGCCCCCUACGUCAUUACGAGAAUUGUGGAGCUCUCUACCCCAGGACACAUAAGCCCUCAUUGGGGUGUCCUGUCCAAGUGUUUGGCCUACAGCAAGGCAGCCUGCGACCCGUUUGUCUACUCACUGCUCCGGAACCAGUACAGGAAGACAUGCAGUGACCUGGCCAACAAGAUCCUGAAGAGGAGCUCCUUUAACUCCUCCGUCCGCAGGGUGGAGAAUGGCAGGGCUACCGAUACCAACAACACCAAACCCACCUAGUGAAGGGCCUUGCUAUUGCCUGACUAUGGCAAGAUGGAGACAUUGAGGUACCUACAUACUGUACCUAAGUACUGAGUCAUGGUUGGAGAGUGGAGAGGGUUGAACAGACCUUAGAAGAGAUUGCUGCUACGUAUCGAUUUCGUACUUUUGCGAUGUUGAGUAUGGUUAAGUGUUGCUCUGUUGUCUCAUGGUGUGACAUGAGUGACAAAAUGUGACAAGUCAUUAAAUGGGACGAUAUGACAGAGAGUCAU